AUGGACGAAUUUUGGAGGGGCAGUCUGGUCUGUCUGUUUAUAUACGGGAACUACAUGCUCUUUUCUUCACACAUUAAAACCAUUUUCUGGUCGCUUUGCUACUCUGUUCUAUCCCAGGAGAUACGCAAAAAUAACUACAGAAUCUUCCACUCUGUCUUUAUUUUUUUAUUCUUAUUUCCUGUCCUUUCUGCAACUCUUCUUCCUUCGGUUGUUCUUUUGUUCUGCGGGCGAGAGGUGGCUGAGUAUGCAUCGAAAAUGGUAGAAAUAAUAAAUGCUUCUCCUUCCUUAUUUGCAACGGUAAAAAAGAUUUUCUUAUCAGCGAUGCUGCAGGUGUGCAAAUAUUUGGACAUCCACAAAAAUGACACUCUAUCGGACUCCUUUGUGCUCUACAAAAUAUAUCUGAAGCUCGAGGAGAUGAAGAAUGCGAUACUAUCAGGAAGCCAGGAGGCGCUCUCCUGGGCCGGACACUUUGCCUUUUUCCUCGGAUUCAGCGCCUACUUUUCGCAGCUAGAGAGGAAUCCUCUUUCCUACGUUCUUAAGCCGAUUCCCAGGUGCGCUGAGAUAGUGUCUCUUUUUGAGAAGAUCAUCCACACUUUGGCUGUAGGAAGUAUUUUCAACUUCACUUUCAGUUUCAUCCUUAGCUUGUACUUUGGCUCUACUCUAAUCAUGACAAAUGGCGUACUUUCAGCCUUUUUAAGCGUAUUUCCUGUUUUUCCUCUCUGCCUGUACUGCAUUCCCACUGUCAUUCACCUGUGGCUCAGUCGCAGAGUGGUUGCCGCUGUUUUAUUUGCAGUUCUUGCGGUUGUCCAGCAAAUUGCAUCAGGAAGAAUGUUCAAGUUCCCCAGAUCCGCAGGGUAUCUGCAGAGCGCAAGCAUUGCCCUGGGCCUGAAGGUCUUUGGCCUUCCAGGGGCUAUACUCGGCCCUUUCCUUCUCUUCUCUCUUCUGAUCCUGUGGUCAGUUGGAAGACCUGCAGAGAGCCAACCCGUAAAAAGUAUUUCAAAAUCGAGCAAACCUAAGCAGAUGACAAAAGCGAUGGAGAUACUCCGUAAGACUAAAUAA